CGAUGCCUCCAUUCAAAUUCAUUAUUCGCGGAGUACCCGAGCAGCGCGAUUGACACAAGUGUAGCGACGGCUCGCGCGUAUCACGCUUCUUUUUUUCUUGUUCUUUCGAGAUCCCGGCUUUUAUCUCUCGUGGCACCCACCGCAACUAAUCUUCUCUGUUUUUGCCGAUUGUUGCGCAACGCCUCUUCGACGAUUACAGUGAUAUCAGUCGUCCAUCAGUUGUGCUGCGCACGAACGAUUCUUGUUGCUUGAUGAGUGGUUUCGCGGAUAAGUUCAUUGACCCGAUGAUUCCAAGGAUUUUUCAUUUGUGACUGAUUUUGAAUAACCGCGAAUAAAAAUUCAGGAAGAGAAAAUAGUGCGCGGAUUCGUUAGCCGGACGAAGAAAAAGAAGAAAAAAAGAAGAAGCGACGGUGCGGUAGUUCAGGUGAAGAGAUAUAGCCUUGUGUGUGAAAAUCGUCUCGCUUUACGAAGCUGCUCGUAUAUUGCUCAAAAACUGUUUGGUCGGCGGUUUUUCAGAGAACAAGUGCUCAACUAAUUCGUAAUGGUUCAGCUAAGACGCAAGCUUUUAUCUCUCAGUAGCCUCUUGAAUCAAUUACAGCCUAAUGUACGAUGGAAUUCUUCCUUGAAAAUUCAAGAUAAGGAAAUUUUACAACCAGAAAGGACAUUCAAAUAUGCAGACUUAUCAGUCAGGUUGGCUGCCCCAGGUCAAGUCCAGCCUAAACCAAAUGUCAGUGACUUGGCAUUUGGUAAAUAUUUUACUGAUCACAUGUUGAAAAUAUACUACCAUGAGGCUCUUGGUGGAUGGCAAAUUCCUGAAAUCACUCCACUGGAAAAUCUUGUUCUACAUCCAGCAGCUAAAGUUCUUCAUUAUGCUAUAGAGCUGUUCGAGGGCAUGAAAGCUUAUAGAGGUGUAGAUGGAAAAAUACGAUUAUUCAGGCCUGAAAUGAAUAUGGAAAGAAUGAAUGCUUCGGCAGUGAGGUCUGGCCUGCCGACUUUCAAUGGGAACGAGCUGAUCAAAUGCAUCAACAGGCUAAUUAGUAUAGAUAAAGAAUGGGUUCCACAUUCGGAAGCCUCGAGUUUAUACAUAAGACCGACGUUGAUAGGCAUCGAUCCUUCUUUGGGUGUGGCAGCAUCGGAAUCAGCUCUGUUAUAUGUAAUUCUAAGUCCAUCCGGAUCCUACUUUACCAAGAGCAGUUCCAGUCGGGGAGUUUCUCUACUCGCUGACCCUCGAUAUACGAGAGCUUGGCCAGGUGGCUGCGGUGACCGUAAAAUGGGAAGUAAUUACGGACCAACGCUUCAUGUACAAAAAGAAGCAAUCGAAAAGGGUUGUCAACAAGUUUUGUGGCUCUAUGGAGACGAUCACCAAUUGACCGAGGUUGGCGCUAUGAAUAUAUUCCUGUUCUGCAUCAAUGAUCAAGGAGAAAAAGAAUUGAUUACACCUCCAUUGAGUGGUCUUAUUCUACCUGGAAUAACAAGGAAUUCUAUGUUGGCGUUGGCAAAAGAAUGGAACCAGUUCAAAGUCACCGAAAGAGUUAUUACAAUGCCUGAAAUUAUCCGGCUAUUAUCGGAAAAUAGGAUGUUAGAGUUGUUCGGCGCAGGUACAGCGGUAGUAGUGAGUCCAAUAUCUCACAUUCUUUACAUGGAUCAAGAUUUAUAUCUACCAACACUUGACCAAGCUGAGCCAAUACAUCGAGUUUUCCAUAAACAUUUGUCUGACAUACAAUACGGCUACGUCGAACACCCAUGGGCUUUUACUAUUGACUGAUUGGUGCCAUUAAUGUUCAAUAGCAAUUAUUAAUUAUUACAAGGUCUUUUGAUGCGUUUACUUAAUAUCAUCUUAUUAGAUUUUCAACAUUUAUAAACAGAAAAUGUGAGAAGUGCGAAAUGCAUUUGAAGUUGAAAUUUGUAAAAUAAUCCUUUCUUAGUUGUAUCGAGUCUUAUAUCGAGUCCAAUACAUAAUUUGCAAAAAUUAUGAACAGAUGAGUAGAUAUAACAACUCAGAACAACUCAGUGUAUUACAUUAUGUGUUUCAAGUGAAUAAGCUAUCAGCAAGAAAAUUUAAAUGGUUUGAAUUAUUCAAAUCAUUUGAAUUAUGGAAGUAAGAUUUUAUUGUUUUGUAGUUAACUAAGGUUCCUAAAUAGUCAGUUUAAUUUAUUGAACUGUGCUUUGGUACAGCAAAAAUUAUACAUACAGAGAUCAUACCAAAAGUAGACAAUAAUCAUGUUUAGAAAUCAUCGAACUUUUAUAAAACAUUUGUAAAUAUUUAUCAUAAGGUGCUACUUGUACAUAUAAUUGAAUUAUUGUCUGUUCGAUUUCAUACAAAACGCUCGCAAUUUAUAUUUUAGUUAAGGCUUAUACUGUUCCGGUUUACAUAAUGAUGACUUCCGUAAAUGCGCAAGUCGAGACUCACUGUGAUUUUAGAUCCCCUACUAUUUUUGAUAGUAUAAUUGUUAAAAUAGUAACAAUAUCUGACGACUACCUCCAGUGAUAGAACUUUUAAACAUUAAAAUAUAAAUUGAAACUCCAAUUGAUAUAAGAGUCUAAGCCUUGAGCUUAAUUUUUAUACAAAAUUUUAAGUAUAAAUUUGACGAACGUUAUUUUCACAAAAUAUUGUAUAUAGAUACGAAUGAACUUAGACAAAAACUGUUAUUGUAUAAAUAAUCUAUUUACAUGUAAAAAACACUGCAAUCUAAGUUUGUCAAAUAAAUUAUUUUGUUUUACAUAUAAAAAUAAACGUUUUCGUUUUUUUCAUAAAAUACUAUUACAUGAAUGCAUUUAAAGACUGU